AUGUCGUCCCUUUUACAAGGUUCUGCAAUCAUUACUGGCGCUGCUUCCGGUAUCGGCCUGGAAGUUGCACUUGCUUUCGGAAAGCACGGCAUAACCAAUCUAGCGUUGGCCGAUAUCAAUGGGGAAGCCCUGAAUGAGGCUGCCGCAACAGUCCAGAGCAAAUUUCCCCGUGUCACGGUGAUGACUCUCACUAUGGACGUCAGAAACUCGGAGGAGGUCAAGAAUGGCAUUGCUCAGGUUGUUGCCAAGUUCGGGCGCCUAGAUACUGCGGUUAACAAUGCUGGCAUUGGCGGCCUUGAGCCUCGGACGCACGAAAUGGGCGAUGAGUUUUGGCACAAUAUGCUUGACACCAAUCUAAGUGGCGUCUAUAGGUGUCAAAAGGAGGAGCUUGCGGUCAUGAUGGGUCAGGAGGAUCUAGGCGUGCGUCGAGGACGCGGGUGCAUCAUCAACGUGGCAUCAAUGUACGGCAUCAUCGCUGCUCGCAGUCCCGUGAACCAAACUGCCUAUACUACAGCGAAGCACGGAGUCAUGGGACUGACCAAGGCCGACGCCAACACCUAUGCAGAGUUCAACAUCCGAAUAAAUGCAGUCUGCCCGGGAUACGUGGAGACUCCGUUGAUAUCAUGUCAUUUGAGAACAACGCCAAACAGUCCUCUCCUUGCCCGCGUUGCUCAGACGCCUAUGAGGAGAAUGGCCAUGACUGAGGAAGUUGCCGACAGCAUAGUGUUUCUGGCAUCUCCCAUGAGCAGCUUCAUGCAGGGCGCAGGAGUAGUUGUCGACGGUGGCUUUACCAGCAAUUAA